AUGUAGAAGGCACUGUUUUAAUCAAAUGAAAAUAUACUUUUAAAUAAGUGGAGAUAUUAUUAGGUAGACAAUUUAAAGGACAUCGAGUAGUAUUUAAACUCUAUUUUUUUUUUUUCCUUAUCAUGUAUAUGCAGAUGCCAAUUAGUGUGCUAAAUUACUCAAAAUAUUUCAUUUUAAGAUGGAUUUUACAGUUUUAUUGAUCCUUUUAUUAUUUUAAUUAAUAGCAAUUAUAGUAACAUUGUUGUUGGAUAAAUAACAUCAUCAAAUGCUUAUAUUAUAAUCAGUUAAAUAGGUAUUAAAAUUCAAGUUUAGAAUAUGAAGAUUGUAAAUACUCGGUUGAUAUUAAAUUAUUAUUGUUAAUAGAAUUAAUUUAUUUGUUUUUACGCCUGGAAUAUUGCAAAUUUAAGCUCUCCAUUUUUUGAAAAAAAUUUAAGAAGUAUCUAGAACUCAAAUAAUAUUCAGUUAUUUGCUUAUAAUCUAUUUUAUUAUGUUCAGACUAACAAAUAAAUCUCUGUUUAUAAUCCAGUUAUUCUUGAGCAUUCAUCAUUAUUCUAUACUUUUAACUAUAAUGAACCCUAUUUUACGACUACUUCCCAAGUUAUGGCUUUGAUAUCAUUCAAUUCUUAAUUUUAUUUGUUAAAUCCACUUUUAGUAUACUCUUAUCAAAUUACACUACAGAAUACGAUUACAAAUGAGAUAGCUUUUUGGUCUAAUACUUUUAAUUUUACAGUUUAAUCUUAAAUUGGAACAAAAGGUGCUGAGAACUUAAUUUCAAAUUAGCAAUUCAUGAUUUUGAAUGACUCUUUGGAUAUAUAUAACUGA